AUAGAUGUAGAUGUCUAUUUUUAGUGCGAUAUUUUUAUAGUUUUCGUAAAUAACAUGUUGUUUGGUCACGCUUUAAACAAUGGAGUAGAGAUUCCAAACAUUGGACGUAAGUGUUUCCAUGUCAAUUUUUAUGACUUUUUAUGUAAUAAUUAUUUGAACAUAAAAUAUAAGCCUAAGACUUACCUUUAUUUUGGCACUGCACAUAAGUCAGAUCUAGAAUUCAAACAGACCUUUGAAAAACUCAUCACCGCCAUGCAUCAAUAACCCAAAUGGACUAAUCUGGCCAGCUCAAGCCUGUUCUGACAAUGGUAAUUUCUUGUACUGUUUUUAUGGGUGCUUUAAAUUACUAGUAAUGAGAGAUUUUCUUCAGUUGGAACGUUUCAGAUGAAAUCAGUGGCUGAAGAUGAUGUAAUUUACAGAACAAUCAAUAGCGCACUGCAGUGUGGCUGCAGACUUAUAGGUAAGAGAAGUCAAGUUCACUGCAGACUGUUUGCAAAACUUAAAAUUGUCUUAUAAGGUAGUCAGUGCAUAGGGUAUUACCCCGUGGGAAGGCGGGUAGGUACUGCCAUAUACAGCUAUUUCGAGAAAGGUUGUCGGAAAAAAUGUGCAUGUGACAAUCCCGAAAGGUAAUCAGGUGCGGAUCCACACCGGUUUCCACCGUUUUACGGAAAUCGGUCACAUUUUUCAUAUUAAAUAAUUAUAUUUAUCAAAAUAAAAACACUUUGCAAGUUGAAAUCUGGCCCAUAUCCCAUCUGAAUGACUUGGAAAUCCAGGAAAGGGGACUUAAAGGAGUAAAAAUCCAAAUAAUUUCUUGGGGGAGCCACCCCCCGGACCCCGCUAAAAGCUGGCGCCUUCCGCGCUCAUUUAGGAAAUCGGUCAGUAUUUAUCCUAGAUCCGCGCCUGGUAAUAUGGGAUAUGUUCAAUACACUGUUCCUGACACUGUAGCUGUCGAACCUACUUUUGUUGCUUUCCUUUAGCACUUGCAGACAUAUGUCCAUGACCUCUCCUGCCAUUCUUUCAAAUUUCUUUGAAAAACAGUGCACUCAAAACCACCCACAAUACCUUUUGGGGCUGUUGUGUGCACUUUAUCUGACAACCUUUCUCGAAAUAGCUGUAUAGGCUAUAUACAUACCUGCCAACCCCCGGAGUACAAAAUCUGGAGAUGUCUAGAAAUCUUCAACAAUGUCUGAAUACUCUCCGAAAAUCACCCGAAGGCCUUUCUUAUGUUGCCAACAUCAAUAACAGCGAGUGAAAACCACGCCAACUUUCUACCAAGUAUUGUGCAAUUUGAUUGGUUGAUUUCUGACCAAUUACAAUACUCGUUAAAUAUACAUCAAUUUGAUUGCUCUGUUUUACAUUUUCUAAUCAAGAACAGCUCAAAUAAGAGAACUAAAUUCACUUCUUGUUUCAUUUUCCUUUUUGACAUCUCAAAAAUAACAAAAUUAAUGAAAAAAUUCUGAAAAAGGUCACGGUAGGUAUUUCCCCGGGAGAUUUGGUGCUCUAACUGGGAGACCGGGAGAUCUGAUGAAAAACUUGGAGACUCCUGGGAAAACCGGGAGAGUUGGCAGGUAUGUAUAUAGGUAUAAGCUGCUGUAAAGGGUAUGGUUUAGGUUUAGGUUUACUUGCAACUCAUUAAGCUUUUGUGCUGGACUGUGCUGCUGACCUCAGUACUUUUUGAAAAAUAGCAACUCUAGGAUACGCCAUAGGAAGGUAUUUUGGGAGUUUAGUCUAGUAAAGGACAGCAAAGUUCGGGUGGACUAGGUCGGUUGUAAUCCAGGGGUUCCACGGUCCCAGCAGCUCAUCCCUAUCCAAGAAUUCUUAAGGUACCUCCACCAGGGACAUUUUACAUUAGUGACAUGAUUCUUGAGUACUCAUUAAUCAGGGACUAUGGUCUGUGAGAGCAUUGACAAAGGUUUCAAAUUAUGGCAUAAUGAUGACACAAUGUGUUUUUUCUGUUACUCGCACACAUUUUCCAAGAAAUUUCACCAGAAAUGGACAUAUAGACAACAAUUUCCAUUGUCUAGACUCCUAAUGGCAAUAGAAAUGUGUUGUUUCAGUAAAUAUCCAUACUGCUUACACAGUGGUUUUUUUUUUUUAUCCUGCAGCCUCUUUGAAGUUAUUCCAGUUUAGCUUCAUACUUUCCAUUAAAAAGUUUGGUCCUCAAGACCCCACGUUUGUCUUAAGCACUUAUAGGCACUGAGAUGUUUUAUGCGCAAAGGGAAACAGUGUAACAGAACUUGUCAUACAGUCGACUCCCGGUAACUCGAACCCUCCACAACUCGAACCUCCCGUUAACUCGAAGUAAUUUUCAUUUCCCUUCAGAUCAUUUUCCAUAUAAUUUUACCCUCAAUAACUCGAACUCCCGAUAACUCGAACUUUUUUCUAUUUCCCUUGAAGGUUCGAAUUAUCGGGAGUCGACUGUAUUUCCUUAAGCCUUUCCAUCAACAACAAGAAGCGACAAUAACAAAAUAUUAAUUUCCCGUCAUCAUAUUGUAGUCUCAUGCUUAAUGAGUUAAGGCUUUGAGUCUUGAUUAUUUUUUGCUUGCUGUAAACAGACACAGCUGCUGUUUAUCGGAAUGAAGCAGAUAUUGGACGUGCACUAAAACAGCUUCUACCAAAGUAUGGCCUUUCCAGACAAGAUGUCUUCAUAACAAGUAAACUGUGUAAGUCUUUGGAAUUUCUCUAAUGUGUUAUUAAUAUGACAAGUUUAGGCCUGUAUCUUAAGUUAUUGCCUUUAAUUAGCCAAACAAAAUGGCUUUUUAAAGUCAAACGUUUUGUUAUUUUGCACUGACAUGUCUCUACUAUAGACAGUUUUGUUGGUCCCAACGCUCCUAGAGGUCAUGCAUACAUGUACCUCUAUUAUUUCACAGUCACCUUUUGACACUUUCUCUUCCAAAAGUGGCUAAAGUUAAAACUUGACAAAGUUUCCAGAUUUCUUUUCAAAAUGAUUCCAAAAAAUAUUAAUGUAAUAAAAGAGAGGUGUCCUUUGAACGUCACACAAUAGGAUUUCAUCCACAGACUCAAAAGUUAGAAUGCAAACAAUUGUUGAUUAUAAGUGACAAGAAGUGUUAGCACUGGUUUGGAUUUUGUGAUUUCAAGACUUACCAUAAGUUAUGACAACAGAGUAGAUUAUUUAAUGACAAAUAAUACAACUUUAUUGACUUUAUCUUCAACAUGUAAGAUUUCAGUACCAAAACAAUCAAUAUAUUACUUACAAAUGAAACAAAGUAAAAUAAAAGUUAAGUAAGAAAGAAAGGAACAACAACUAUCUAUUGAAUAUUAACUUAAAAAGAAAAAUUACUUGGCUAUGUACGGCUUCUAUGCUAAUAAACAUGUGUAACUUUUAACCAUAAUGAAUUUGUUUACAUUUAUUUGCAUCUGUGGAUAUAUUUUUUCUUAUCUUUGUGUAUAAGAAAUACCCCGUGCACAGAUCAGGCCCUUUGCCAAGGCUUUUAGUUACUCAAUAUUAUCAAUGAAAGUCUUUUUUAAUACCCACUUCAAAUGACUUUCAUUGAGUAUCCCGACCUUGAGUACAUUUAAGGACUUUAGCAAUCCAAUGACACAAUGACAACGAGAAUGUAAAAAAAAAUGAUAGGCUUAAUAAGCAAAAUAACAACUUUGCAUAUGCAUCACACUUUUUUUACAUUUUUGUUUGCUGCUUUGUCACUACUGUGACAUAAAAAUUUCCAAUUUUGCAUUUUAUUUUUAUGGAGAACAUAAACUACCAACAAUGCAAUUUUAUUUCUCUUUCUGAACUUGGAUGUGGUCCCUUGGAAUUUGACUUCCUAUAAGAGGGUUUGCCUAUAUAUUUGACAAAGGAAGUGGUUAAGAAUAAUCAAAAUAAAGAAUGAAAGAAUGAAAAUUCACUUUUUAACCGAUGUUCUCAUUGCUAUUGCGUCGUUGGAUCUUUUAAAAGUCUCCAUUACCCUUGAAUAAGUUCAGCAUUGAUCUGUGUCUAAACGCUUUAGAAGCAGGCUGUUAUGACUUCAUUGGCAGUCUUCAAAUUAACAUAAUUAUUUGCUUGAACUCUUAAAAUAUUUCAUAUAUAUUAUGGUAUUUUUUUGUUGUUCUUCUCCUCAGCCCCAAGAGACCAUGGAUUUGAUAGUGCAGAGGCAGCUUGUAUGAAGUCUCUAGAAGCUUUAGACUGUGAAUAUCUUGACUUGUAUCUCAUUCACUGGCCUGGUGUACAAAAGCUGAAAAGGGAAGAUCCAAAAAAUUCUGAACUUAGAAAGGGAAGCUGGCUAGCACUAGAGAAGCUUUAUAAAGCAGGUUAUUUAUUUUAAUAGACCCUUCCACAUUUUUUUUCAAUUUUUGAUCUGGACCAGUUAGCGAAAAAUCCAUCAAGACAGGUGAGAAGCUCACUUUAAAAUUAGUAAAGAUGCCAAGUUUGAACAUGAUAUGUUGAAAAUUAGUAACAAAGAUAUAGCUCCACAAAGUCGCCAAAUUCUACAGACAUUUGCCUAUAGUUUGCCUAUAAGUUAAUGUACCCUCUAUACAAACUAUUUUACAUCAUUCUGUACAAUUUUUGCCACUUUGUGAAUUAGCUAUUCAACGUAUCACACUUGAACUUGGUGAGUUACUCUUUCUGGCAGUGUCAAUGGAUAUUUGCUAACUGGUCUUAUUAAAAACUGAAUCAUUGGAUAAUGCAAUUCUAGAGCUCUGAUUGGCUUAGCCAUCAUGGUGUAUGAGCCAUUAUACCAUGAUCUCUAAAUAUGGUGUGAAGUGUACUCGUCUGCUCAAAAUUUAAAAUAAGCUGAAAAUCGGUUGUUUUUCCAAAUAAAGUCAGGAAGAAUUCUUGAUAUUUUGUGGGCUUUUUUAAUAAAACAAUAUUAUUCUGCUCACACUUGUUGGAUAUGAGAUGAUUACUGGCUAUCUACUAUCUCAUAUCCAACACGCACUCGUGGUAGACGGAUCUAUUCUCAACUCAGAAAACGCGCAUGGAUUUCAGACACCCUAAAAAUAAUCCCCCAUCCCCCAGCCCCUCUAAAAAAAGUUGGUCUAUAAAUUAAAAAGUAAGUCUAUGUGAUGAUCUCAUUCUGCAUGGGUCUCCUUCAGGUUUACUCAGAAGUAUCGGUGUAUCAAACUACACAGUUGCCCACUUGGAAGAGAUGUUACAGUAUGCUACUGUUGUUCCUGCUGUACUACAGGUGACGUUAGUUAUAAUGUUUCUUCUCUUUUGUACAGUAGUGUCUGUUUGCUUCUUUGUAUAAUCUGGUGGUAUAGGACUUCAGAAACCCAAGAACAGCUAUUAUUCAAAGAGCAACAUUCAUUCAGGAAGGGGCAAUUUCUUACAUGUUUUACAAAGUCACUGAAACUGAAACUAUUAAUGCAUUACAAAAUAUAAUUGUUGGCAACUUAAAAAAUUUUCAAAGAAUUUUUAAAGGCAACAUUCAGAGAAUCUCUGGGUACGUAUCAUGGUAUGUGUACUUUCUUUACACGUUUGUGUUUUUUGUUUUAAUUUCAGUCUAUUAAAGAAUUAAGCAUGAUAUUGUCUACAUUAACUUCCAAGAAAAAUGCAAUGCCCAGUGCAGUUUUUCUCCUAAUGUUCAAAUUCAUAGUACUGGUAUCCCUGUGCAGCCAGUAAUUUAACAACUCAAGUGUUUUAAACUGUAGGUAGAGUUUCACCCAAGACUUUUCCAGAAAGGGUUGCUUGAGUACUGCCAAAGGAAAGGAAUUUGGCUACAAGCCUAUACUUCAUUAGGCCAAGGAAAGGUAUGUUACAACCAAGAUGAAGUCUUCGAUUCAGUGGGUUUCUAGUAUGGGACUAAUACAUGUAUUUGAGAGAUUCAUUGCAUUUAAUUACUGAAAUCAUGACCUUUUGGCUUUUGGAAGUGUAUGGACACUCACCAAAUGAGCUAGUGCAAGACUUGAAAAAGUCUUAAAUUACAGCAUGUUUAUAGGACAAGCAGCUCUCAAAUUUGCUUGUCUAGGACCAUUGCAUCCUUGUCUAAGUUUUUGAUGUAGUUAGAAGAUGACUUGACUAGACCUUGGCCCUUCAGUCAAGUAAGCAUGAAAAUUGCUUACUUGGCUGAAAGGAAAAUCGGCUUGAGGUGGAUUAACGGAGGACACUGUUUUCAAGCCUUUUUUUUUCAAUAGACACUGAGCUACAAUACUCGUCAAAAAUUUUGAAACACUUGUAUGCAUUUCUCCUUCCCCAAUGUUGAUUUGGGUAUUAUAGUCGUCUCAGUGCUCCAAAAUACGCAUGACUCAACACUGGGGAAGAAGUGGGGCACAUUUGAGUGAGAACAAAGGCGUGGAGAGUGAAUGUAAGAACGUUUCGAGAAAAUUCAGGAAUACCCAACGUCAAUUUUCGGAAAAUUAUCUGUUCGAAAGGCGAUUUGAGAUCUAGAAUUUUCAGAACAUUUGUUGUAAAAUUUCUUGUUUGCCUGCCUCUCCUAGGAUUUUCGAACGUCUCAAAAAUGGUAUAAUUGCCCAUUUUUAACGGAUUUUUACCCUAAAAAGGUCACCUAGAACUUUCGGGAGCCUUUUUUCUGGCUGAAAUUUUCCAAAAAGUAAGUUUUGAUCCCUAUGAUUUUCGGAUCACUAGACUUUCAGCUAGGAAAUCCGAACAGAUGAAAAACUUUUGUUGGAUAGAAAUAUGCCUAUAUCUACCGUUUAAAUACUAAAAUACGUUUAACAAUGUUAUGUUUAAGUGGUUUUGAACUAUAUUCUCGUUGGGUGCCCCUGAACAUGCAAGAGAAACGGUUCCUGUUUCAACGAUUUGUGAUGAGUAUUGUAGGCCUUUACCGGGUUCAUGUCACACAUGUCCAAAAUAGUGCUAGGACCAGCGGUGUCUAGAUGACUUGUAUGAACAACAAUCUCAUCUUACCUACAUGUGGUAACCUUUAAUCUCUAGUGUAGAGUAUUGUAAGCCAUCUUGCACCUCAGUAGUCAUUAGUUAUAGUGAAAACUCUAUCAUUAUGGGUCCCUUGUUGGUGUCCACUUUAUAGGAGGUGUGUACAGACCUGAAGACCCAUUUAUUUUACAGAAAAACAAUUCAAAAGAAAAAUUUGGACUUACUGUUGCUUGUGUCCUGUAAAUGUGAAGUGCUCUGCUUAUUACAAGAUAAACUCUGUUGAGUUUUUUUUUUAUGGGGGGGAGGGGAAGCAGGGCUGGAUAAAAGUCCUGCCCGUUAGUUCGGGACAAGUACUGUAGAUUUUCUUUCAGGGCAAGUAACUGUAAACGGCCACUCGCCCAGUGGGCAAGGGUAUACGCAAGUCAUUCUCUAACAAAAUCAUUAACUAAGAUAAGCAAGAAGUGGCCCCGAACAAGCAAAAUGUGACAGCUGCUUGCCCAAAUGACAAGUAGGAAAUUCCCUUUUUUUUCGAGUACUUGAGGGUUGCUUUUGUUGUUAUUUGUUUUUUAGAGGAAAAUUUGAGGAAGACUUUGCAAAACAACUUUAAUGCAGACAAAAAAGCAAGAUUGCACAAUGAACCAAAGUACUACUGACAAUCUCUUUAGCUCUUAGAUGAGGCACAAGUCAGAAGUAUAGCUACAACAUACAACAAGUCAACAGCUCAAGUGUUACUCAAGUGGGCUCUUCAACAUAAUGUAGGUAGGUAUGAUAAUUAUUAUAGUUAUUAGUGAGUGUGUAAUCAGCAUGCAGCUCUCUUCUGAACUCCUUCCACCAGUUUGAUGUACUUAAAACUGAUAAUGAAUUCGAAGGAACAUCAUGUAAAUAAGCUAGUUAUGAAGUUUUUUUCCUCCUGUAUGAAAAUACGUGAUUCAUUGUUAGUAAUGUAACUGAAUUUUUCUAGAUUAUUAUUAGUGCUGUUUGUUUUAUAUUUUGAUUGUCAUAUGCAUGCUUUUGCACUACCGUAAAGUGAUGCAGUCAUGCAAAUAAAGCAAUUUAUUACUAUUACUAAUAGAGAGUUUUAGAUCCGAGUUUACCGCGAACCUCUAACGACUCUAACCGCUGGAGGUCACAUGAUAAGUCUUUCGCGUCACGUUUGAGGUUUACGACGCGCGUUUUCAACGUGGGGAGGUAGGUUUUCACGUAUGUCAUUUGCCUGAAAGCUUUUAGCGUAUAAUUCUUGUUUUAUCCCACGUAAUGAUACAAAAAUCUUGUGGAGCAAGUCUUUAUCCAUUAACAGAGGCGCAAAUUCGGACGAAAUGGCUAAAUUUGAUAAAUCCUAUUGGAUCUUGAAAACAAGUGCCAUUCAUGGCUGCUGAUUCAAAAUGGCAGCCGUAAAUUUGUAAGAAGAACUACUGUAAGAAUUUACAACUUUUUGCUGCUAGAUAACCCAGUGUUACGGUAAAUUUCUUUUAUUUUCACUAAUUGAUAUUUCUUCUAUUUCUAAAUGGAAAAAUAGACCUAGAGUGGCUUCUUUAAUCCACCACCAAUCUAAAUCGAAUAAUGUUUGACCGUCGAACCGCAAACGGGUAGCCGCAAACCGCGGUUAGAGUUUCGCGGUAAACUCGGAUCUAAAACUCUCUAAUAAGAUGUGGGUGCUAGGCUGAUUGGCGUGUUCCUUAUAUGGUCUCACAAGGGCCAUUUAGGUUGCUUCUUUCACUCUCUCAUCAGGCCAAUAGACCUUUUUACUGAUACGGCGACCAUAUUGAAUUAAUUCGAUUUAAGGAGUAUUAUAGGAUGCCCAGGGGGCAUGAGCACAUUUCGUUUGUAUUUUUGGGCAUCCUAUAAUACUCCUUAAAUCGAAUUAAUUCAAUAUGGCUGCCGUAUCGGUAAAAAGGUCUAUUGUUCAGGUUUUGCAACAGAAAUCCAUGUUUUGGUUAUUUUCCUUCAUAACUUGGUUAUGUGUGAGCCUCAGUAGAGGUUAGUGAACACCUCCACGCCCUGAUAAGGGUGGUGGACCAAUGAAUCUAGUACCUUUUCCACUAGAUCCUAUUGUGACAGAAUGAAUACGAUUACUUUCUGUUGUUCUCAGAAAGUAAUACUUACUGAGGGAUUAAAUUUUCGAGUGCACUUCUGGGUUUAGAGUUCUUUAUUAUAGUUAUAUAUACUUAGGUACUGUCUUUUUCAACAGGGGUGAUUCCAAAGUCUGUCCGACCCCAGCACAUAAAGGACAACUUGAGUGUUAACGACUUUCAACUCUCUGCAAAAGACAUGGCCAUCUUAAAUCACAUGAACACAAACACUCGGUUUUGCUGGGAUCCAACGGCAGUCGCGUGAAAUUGUCUACACGGAAAAUUUUGGCAAAUUUGUUAACGUUGAAUAAACAAGAAAAGAAAUUUGCACGCAAGUAAUGUCCUCUUCCCUUGAUGCUCGUUCCCCGUGCUGUGCGUUAACCAAGUUAUUGGCUGCGUUGCCUGUGCACGCAGGAGUGCCACAACAAGUGAAGCCUGAGAUUUAAUGCAAUGAACUCUGAUUUAGGACGAUGUUUGUUGUUCCUUUUUGAUAAAAUGGCACGCGCUAAAUUAGUCGGAUGAACAAGGGACGUGGUUCACUUCCUCUGAUCAUUUCCAUCUGUUCCUCAAUAGUCCGCAAUACAAACGGCGCUUUCUGGGCGGACCGGGCUCAACGUAGUCCACAGAAAAAAUAUUUCUACUGCCAUAGUUGGCAAAUCCCCUCCUCACACCGAAAUGGUCAAUUCCACGCCCGCAUUUGAACUCUGUUGUGCACAAACAUCCACGUCAUGCAUUCUCUCAACGACAAACCGCUGAAAUUACCAGACAAGCUAAUAAAUAAUAAAAAAAUAUAUUUAUAUAGCGCCUAUACUUUUCAGUGCUAAGUGAGGGUUCUGAAUGGGUAAAAUAAUAAAAAAAAUAAAAGACUGACAUGAUCUUAUGUGUAUACUUAGGUCUACUGGUACAGAAUAUUAUUGCUUUUAUAUCAAAAAGUAAGCACAUUUGAGCAAUUUUGUCAAAUAAUAUAGUCGAAGAUCAUGAAAGGAGAGAAAUCCCAUUCCCAUUUUAGAAAUUGUUAACCCCUUUUCCUAGUGGUUAAAUCCCAGCCCUAGUGUAGUAAAUCCCAUUUUCCCAGAACAUAAAAGGGCAAAUCUUAGUUCCCAUUUUACCCCUUCAGAACCCUCUUCUUUGUUUUCACUGAAUGGCAUGGUUACUCCUCAUCUCGCCAUGUUAUCUCAACGACGUUUCCUAGACAACUCUCUGAGAUCACACAGACUUUCUUUGAGGCCGGACUGACUCACGACACAGCUUUAG